CCCGGCCGGCUGUUUAUUGACUGAGCCCUCGACAUGUCAAAACGGAACAGCGAAGGCGAGGUCCUGUCCAAUAAGCUCGCUGUCGGCCUUGCCAGAUUCCAGCAGCAGCAAUUCGCGGCCCUGUUUGGAGACAGCGCGCCCGCAGUAGCAGAAUCACAUGACCAGAAGGCAAUCGAGCAGGCCAGCACUGCAGACCUCAAAGGAGACGGAGACGACGAAUCGUUCGGGCUCGGUGCAAUAAUUCCCAAGGAUGUGCAAGAUGGCAGCUUCACCAGCCGCAUACCAACCUCACAUGAGAGACUACUCGAGAACCUGAUAGGCAAGAAAGCAGCCAAAGCGCAUAUGGCCGCUAAACAGAAGCAUGCUGCCACGGUCAAGCCACAAAAACCCGAGAAACCCACACUGGCCAAGGACGAAAGCGAUGAAGAAGAGGGCCGAGCAGCUUCGUUCAGAUCCAGGCGCCAGAGACACACCGUUCCACCAGUAGCCAAGCAAGAGGAUAGCGAUGAUGAAGAUGAAGAAUCAAGAGCCUUGAGUCUCCGCUCAAAGAAGCUCAAAACCGACGGGCAGUCCCGAGAUCUAGGGGGAAAGGUUGACGCCAUGGCCAAUGGGCCAGAAAACGAGCUUGCCGAGGAAAAGGCCGAAGGGAUUAAAAACCAUACGCCCGUAUCACGUCCACCAAAGGCCAAGCCAAAAAGCUACCUGGAUGAGAUUCUCGGCGAGAAAGCUAAGAAGAAGAACAAGAAGAAGAAGAAGUCAAAGAUCGGCGGCGAGAAGACAGAUGACUGAGCUCGUGUCCCAAUGUGUGGUGAACGAGCUGAUAAGCAGUGCGAAAGAUACCCAACAUGAUUCAAGUAUGAAUAUAUUCAGACGGACGGACUGGCAUAGUGAAGAGCUCGUGUGUUGACCACUUGCAAAGUAUGGGAAGCUCAAGACCUCUACGUUCUAUUGUUUACAGAUACUGCUAGUCUUACUCCCGAAUGAUCAAACUUGCCAUGCC